AUGCCGGCAUUCUCUGCCCCCAUUGCACCAACGUCCACUCCUGCUCCGGUACCUCAACCAACUUCCCCCGUAACAGUUGCUCAGGAAUUCAAAGCUGAUAAAGCUGAAAAAGAGGACCCAGUUCCGCACGAUGAGGAGACCGAGCCAGCAUUGCCACCCGAGGCGUUUAAACCACCUGAAGGUCCAACCGAGUCCAAGGAAGGAGAAGGCUCUUCCGAAACUCAGCCGCCUUCCCAACCUGCUGCUGAUCCACCGGCGAACCCACCAUCUGAUUCGCCCAAUGCCCCUGAACAACCGACGGAAGGUGGAGGAGAAAGCGCAAAUAAUCCUUGA